AUGAGUUUCCUCGACUCAGUUCUCUCGUCACUCCAGACGAACAAACCUUCUCAAGGUCUGGUCCCUCAUCCACCGACGGCUCCAGCACAGUCACCUGCCCCGACAAAAGAUGAAGCACGACUUCCGGCUACUUUAAGCGCCCCCCGAGCGCCUGCAAACACCGGAGCAAGAAUAAAGCGCAAAGCCGAGGAUGAAUUGCACCAUCCCUCAAGACCCGACAGCCAGAUGACCAACAAGCCUCCAUCAUCUCGACCUCCUGCGAUAUCUGGCCCAUCAAAGACCUUGUCCAAACCCGUUUCAUCCAAUAGCCUGAAAGUUGCUUCUCCUCGACCUGUCCCCAAAAAUGGCACAGCAUCAGUAUCGAAGAUCCCUCCCGCAAAAGCCACUCCCGCCAAGGCAGCACCAUCGAAGGCAGCACCAUUGAAACAAGAUCAAGCACCGUCGAAACCACCACCGAAAGGCUCCUUUGCCGAUAUAAUGAUGCAGGCUCAGGCCAAGCAAAAACAAGCUCCUGCACAGGUUGGUAUGUUACGUCACCAGGCGGUGUCCAAAAAACCAAUGAGCAAAGUUGAGCGCAAGCGACAAUUGAUGGCGGAGAAGGCUUCGGAAAAGGUUGUUCGGUCUGGCAAACGUGUGCCAGAGCCGGCUUCUACAAGCAAAUCCGCUGCCAAGAAACGGUCGACUGAGGUCCCGUCCUACAAAGGCACAGCAAAGCCAUCACGAACCCCUGAGCCUCCAGCAUACCGUGGUACAGCGGGAUUGCCAUCGAUUCGUGGCGAAAAUGACCGCCGGGCACAUGGAAAACGUCGUCGGGAUGAAUAUCUAGGCACUGAUGAAGAGGACGAAGGCGACUAUGGCUACGGUGGAUACGAUGACUACUACUCUGACGCCUCUUCCGACAUGGAAGCUGGCUUUGAUGAUAUGGCGGACGAGGAAGAUGUUGCGUUGAAGUCUGCCCGCAGAGAAGAUGAGGAAGAAAUGCGGCAGGAGAUGGCCGCGAAGCGGGCGAAGAUGGAGCGCCAGAAGAAACUGGCAGCUCUUGCAUCCCGUAAGCGUUGA